AUGGCUGGGGCGAAGGAUGAGAGAGAAAAUCGGGACAUAUCCACUGACCCCUUCCAGGACUUGACGAAUAACUUUGUUAGAGCCGCCACACGGGCGAAGAACAACAUCAACGAACGCAACAACGGCUGCCGUCAGCACGGGCAGGACCAUAUGGCCAUUGUGCAGUCCAACGAGAUUCGCAAGGACCUCCGACUCAUGGAGGAAACACUGGAAGAGAUUCAUAAGUUAGUGCUCGAAGCGGAGCGCCGACUAGCAAAAGAGAACAAGAAGAAGAAGCCGAAGGAAAGCAAGAUUAAUCUACUUGAGCGCGACUACGAGGGGCGAAGAUCCCAGUACGACAACUGCGUCUCCGCGAUACAGAACCUCAAGGAGAUGGAGGCGCAGCGCGUUGAGGUGGCACGUACAGAAAUCAACACCGUGCAGGAGAUGCAGUUUGGCAAGCGCGCUCAGCUACGCCAGCAGCUACUCGGCAUGCGGCGGAAGGAUAACGGCAGCGGCGAGACUGUGGGGCCCGGCGAUGUGGAGUUGGUGGACAGCACCGUAGGUGGUGGCACGCUACAGGAGCACGAGGAAUCCAAAGAGCAGAUGAAGAUGAUCGCCGCUCAGGACGCAAAGAUCGACGCGGGGCUGUGUCGCAUUAAGGAGGGCGUUGGCCGGCUGCAUGACUUGGCCGUUCAAAUCGGCGCGCAGAUUGACAUGCAGAACGCGAUGCUGGAUGAAACAGAGCAGGUGAUCGACAAGGACACCGCGCAGCUGCGUGGCCUGAACAGGCGUCUCAAAACGUUUUUGAAGGAGACCCGCCCGAUGAACUGUUUCUUGUACGUUUGCUGCGUCUUUCUCAUCGUCGCCCUAACCGGCUUCUUUCUUGUGCAGUUCAACGUCAUUUGA